GCGAGACACAGAUGUCUCUGUUGAGUUAACUGUUUAGGUUACAGUUAUCAUUUUUUGCCGGGCACCGCAGCUAGAUAGCACUAUUAUCCAUAUCGUGUACCGACGAGGGAGUUUAAUUGCGAAAACCAGUGGAGAUGCAGCCUGCAACAGCCAAGUGGUAUGACAGACGGGACUCUGUUUUUGUAGAGUUCUGCGUGGAGGACAGUAAAGAUGUGAAAGUAACUUUUGACAAGUACAAAUUUGAUUUCAGCUGCCUCAGUGGAACAGAUAAUAUCAAACAACACAAUACGGUGGACCUUUUCGGCGAGAUUGAUCCCAAAGACUCCAAACACAGACGCACUGAUAGGUCUGUGUUGUGCUGUUUACGAAAAGCAGAGGCUGGGAUAUCAUGGCCACGACUCACCAAAGACAAGACAAAGUGCAACUGGCUGAGUGUGGACUUCAAUAACUGGAAAGACUGGGAGGAUGACUCAGAUGAGGACAUGUCAAGUUUUGACAAAUUCUCAGAGAUGAUGAACACAAUGGGUGGAGAUGAUUUACCUGAUUUAGAUGGUGCAGAAGAUGAGCAUGAUUCCGCGGACAGCGACGAUGGAAAAAUGCCCGACCUUGAGUAGAUGAAUCUGGAUGCCACCUCAGUAGUAAACGAAGCAAGUUAAAAGUCUGUUGAAGAAGAGAGACGAGACACGAGUUGGCAGCCACGUUGGAGAAGAGACGUCAUCUCUCUACGCAGUUUCCAAAGUGAAACCCCUCAAGGAGGAGACGGGGCGUGCCUGUUGGAUACAGACGUGCACAGCGACCCAUAGCGACAUACAGUGCUGUGCUUGGCUGUUCUGUUCUGCAUGGACAAUUCUGUUCAAAUGAAAAAAUGUUCUUGUUCAUUGACUUAACUGACUGUAAUGGGAUGUGCUGAUGUCUUACACCUUCUCUCUCUCUCUCUCUCUGUUUUUUUGCGAUGUCAGGUUACGUAUUGAACAUUGUGAUUUCUAACGAAGAAAAAACUCAAAAUGCCUAUUUUCCAAAAAAGUAGAUUUUUUUAAUAACAGAUUUUUCCCUUUUAAUGUUUGUAUCGUUAAAAUGCACUUAUUUUGUUUGUUAAUUUAAAAAAAAAAAAAAAGCAGGAGCUCCGCUUGAAAUGAGUUUUUUCGAAGUAUGCCAACUUUUUUUUUAAGCAUUUCAGCAGUUAAAAUAAACAGACAUGCUUGUGCAAUUUACAGCUUGUGUUGAGAUUAUGGCAGUAGAGUGAUCUAAUCUUUUGCAUAUUAUCAAACCAUGCAAAGGGGAGUUUGUUUCUGUACAGAGUAUUGCACAUCGUAGCAGGUACAAAGAUACUUUUCUUCCAUAUGCAUACUGAGGUGAGGACAGAAAUCCUGUGCUAUUGUUAAUCAAAUACACUAGAACGAUGCUUUGAAACUUGUG